AUGAGCAUCGACUUCCCCAAGGAAGAGGAGAACACGCUCCAGCGGUGGAAGGAGAUCCAGGCUUUCGAAACACAGGUUAAACUCUCCGAAGGACGACCUCGAUACACCUUCUACGAUGGCCCGCCAUUCGCAACCGGCCUGCCGCACUACGGCCAUCUUCUGGCAUCGACUAUCAAGGACAUCAUUCCGCGAUACUGGUCUAUGAAAGGCUAUCACGUUGAGAGGCGUUUUGGGUGGGAUACACACGGAUUGCCGAUUGAGCAUGAGAUUGAUAAGAAGCUUGGUAUUUCCGGCAAAGAUGCAGUCAUGAAGCUUGGCCUGGAGAAAUACAACGCGGAGUGCAGAGCUAUUGUCAUGAGAUAUUCAGCAGAAUGGCGGACGACCAUUGACAGAUUGGGUCGCUGGAUUGAUUUUGACAACGACUACAAGACUAUGGACCCCACCUUCAUGGAAUCAGAAUGGUGGGUUUUCAAGCAGGUUUUCGACAAAGGCGCCGUAUAUCAGGGUUAUAAAGUCAUGCCAUAUUCCACUGCUCUUACCACUGCACUGAGCAACUUCGAGGCAAAUCAAAAUUAUCAGGAUGUCACCGACCCUGCCGUAGUCGUGUCGUUUCCGUUGCUCGAUGACCCCACUACAUGCCUGCUGGCAUGGACAACAACACCCUGGACCUUGCCUGCCCAUACUGGUCUAGCAGCUCAUCCGAAUUUCGAGUACAUCAAGAUCCAUGACGAGACAUCCGGAAAGAACUAUAUCCUCUUGGAAAAACUUCUAGGUACCUUGUAUAAGGAUCCCAAGAAGGCGAAAUUCAAAAUUGUUCAGAAAAUCAAAGGCAGCGAAAUGGUGGGAUGGAAAUAUGAGCCAUUAUUUGACUACUUCUACGAAGAAUUCAAAGACCAUGGAUUUAAAGUCAUUAACGCUACUUAUGUUACCGAUGAUAGUGGUGUUGGUAUUGUUCAUCAGGCGCCCGCCUUUGGUGAGGAGGAUUACAAUAUCGCUAUGGAACAGGGUGUCAUCACUGAGAAACGUCCACCACCCAAUCCUGUUGAUGAGAAGGGCCAUUUUACAGACAAAGUCCGCGAUUUCGCCGGCCAGCAUGUCAAAGCAGCUGACAAGGCCAUCAUCAAACACCUGAAGGGCACAGGAAGGCUUGUAGUUGAUUCUAAUGUUAGGCAUAGCUAUCCAAUGUGUCCACGCUCAGAUACACCCUUGAUCUACCGAGCGGUGCCUUCAUGGUUUAUCAGAGUCACCGAUAUCAUCCCUCAAAUGCUGAAAAACAUCGAAGGCUCCCACUGGGUGCCAUCCUUUGUCAAGGAGAACCGUUUCGGUAGCUGGAUUGCUAAUGCUCGUGACUGGAAUGUUUCUCGAAACCGAUACUGGGGUACACCUAUUCCGCUAUGGGUAAGCGACGAUAUGGAGGAGAUAGUCUGCAUUGGCAGUGUUGCGGAACUCAAGGAACUCAGCGGAUACCAAGGGGAGAUAACAGACCUUCAUCGCGACAAGAUUGAUCAUAUCACCAUCCCAAGUAAGAAGGGCAAAGGUCAAUUGAAACGCGUGGAAGAGAUCUUCGACUGUUGGUUUGAGUCCGGAAGCAUGCCAUACGGAAGUCAACAUUAUCCAUUUGAGAACAAAGAGACAUUUGAAAAAUCGUUCCCGGCAGACUUCAUCGCUGAAGGAUUGGAUCAAACAAGAGGAUGGUUUUAUACCCUUCUUGUACUUGGUACUCAUCUGUUUGGCGUUUCUCCAUUCAAAAACUGCGUUGUUAAUGGGAUUGUCCUCGCUGAAGACGGCAAGAAAAUGUCGAAGCGACUCAAAAACUAUCCAGACCCUGGCAUUGUCAUGAGCAAAUAUGGUUCUGAUGCGCUGCGGUUGUACCUAAUCAACUCGCCAGUUGUUCGAGCGGAGCCAUUGCGAUUUAAGGAAGCUGGGGUCAAGGAAGUCGUCGCAAAGGUUCUGUUGCCAUUAUGGAACAGCUAUAAAUUCUUUGAGGGUCAGGUUGCGCUCUUGAAGAAGAUUGAAAAUGUUGACUUCUGCUUCGAUCCCAAAGCCGAAGCCACCAAUACCAACGUCAUGGACAAAUGGAUUCUUGCAAGCUGUCAAAGUUUACUUAAGUUUGUUAAUGAAGAGAUGGCAGCCUAUCGUCUCUACACAGUUGUUCCGCGCCUCCUUGGUCUUAUUGACAACCUGUCGAAUUGGUACAUUCGAUUUAACCGGAAGCGUCUAAAGGGCGAACUCGGUCUUGACGAUACCAAGCACGCUUUGAAUACUCUUUUCGAAGCCCUCUUCACCCUUGUUAAGGGUCUUGCACCAUUCACGCCAUUCAUCACCGAUAUGAUCUAUCAACGCUUAUUGCCACUUAUUCCCAAGGAUCUUCAAGGACAAGAUCCUCGAUCCGUUCACUUUUUGCCAUUCCCGGAUGUGAGGGACGAGCUAUUUGAUGUAGAGAUCGAACGUCGCGUUGGCCGCAUGCAACGUGUUAUUGACUUGGCUAGAGUAUCAAGAGAACGACGAACGGUCGGUCUUAAGACGCCCUUGAAGACCUUGAUCGUCAUUCAUCCCGACCAAGUAUAUUUGGACGAUGUCAAGUCACUUGAGAGUUAUAUCACCGAGGAGCUCAAUAUCCGCGAUCUGGUGCUCACCUCCGACGAAGCCAAGUAUGAUGUACAAUACAGCGUCAAUGCAGAUUGGCCGGUGCUUGGUAAGAAGCUCAAAAAGGAAGUACAGAAGGUUAAGAAAGCGCUCCCAGGGUUGUCUAGCGAACAAGUUCACGACUACCUCAUCCAAAAGUCUAUAGUUGUGGAUGGUAUUCAACUGGGAGAAGGCGAUUUGGUGGUUAAGCGUGGCCUGAAGAAUGAUGACUCAUCUCAGAACCUGGAAACGAACACAGAUGAUGAUGUCCUUAUUAUCCUUGACACGGAGAUAUAUCCAGAUCUUGCCGACGAAGGUGUGGCACGAGAGAUCAUUGCUCGGGCACAAAGAUUGCGGAAGAAGGCCGGGCUCCAGCCUACGGAUGAUGUCAAAAUGGAAUACAAGGUGCUCUCGGAUCCCGACAAUAUUGGACUCGCGAAAGCGUUCGUUGGACAGGCGAAAUACAUUGAAAAGGCACUGCGGAGACCAAUUGAUCACCACGUCGUCACGGAAAUUGGUGGAGAGGUUCCGGCCGAGGCUGAGGAAGGUAUUAUUAUGCAGGAAGAACAGGAGAUUCAAAAUGCGGUGUUUUUGCUUAGAUUAUUGAAGCUAUGA